CCCAUUUGAAUACCUGCUGAUGCCUAUGUGGCCCGGACGAGGCCUAUAUUUUCUCAUUUUUAUCUGUGUAAACAUAUACUUACCCAUGAAGAUGACUUAUAUACCCAAAUUGGAGCAAUUAGCAAAGAACCAUGAUGCAAGCAGUUGGCUUUUUGCAAGCCCUCUCUGUUUCUCAGCGGGCUGGAAACCACUGCUUCCUCUCUGCCUUCGCAGCGAGACCAGAGCGUUUGUCACUCGGCUUCUGAGCGGCUCCACCGACGCCACCCGGAAAGGCCUGUGCUGGUCCGAAUGGCACGCAUCUCGUGUGUGGCAUCUUUCUUUCUCUUUCUGACUAAGGUCAGCAUUGGCCAGAGACAAGUAACAGUUCAGAAAGGACCGCUGUUUAGAGCUGAAGGCUACCCCAUCAGCAUUGGCUGCAAUGUCACUGGCCACCAGGGACCUUCCGAGCAGCAUUUCCAGUGGUCUAUUUACCUGCCAACAGCUCCAGACCAAGAAAUCCAGAUCAUUAGCACCAAAGAUGCUGCCUUCUCUUAUGCAAAGUAUGCAGGACGCGUGCGAAGCAGGGAAAUCUACGUGGAGAGGAUCCGAGGCAACUCAGUCUUGUUGCACAUCUCAAAGCUCCAGGAGAAGGAUUCCGGAGAAUAUGAGUGUUACACUCCAAACACCGAUCAAAAAUACUACGGGAGUUACAGUGCGAAGACUACUCUCAAUGUGAUUCCAGACACCCUCUCUGCCACCAUGAGUCCCCAGACCCUCAGGAAGGAGGAAGGUGAGCCGUUGGAACUUACCUGCGAGGCAGCCAAAGCCACCGCUCAGCACACCCACCUCUCUGUCACCUGGUACCUGAUGCGGGAUGGACAAAGUCCAGCUACCGAGAUUAUUUCCCUCUCCAGAGAUUUCAUGGUGAUACCCGGCCCCUCGUACACAGAGAGGUUCAAGGUCAGUGAUGUGCGGCUGGACAAGCUCGGGGCCGCCACCUUCCGGCUGUCCAUGGGGAGCCUUCGGCCCUCAGACCAGGGCCAGCUGUUCUGUGAGGCGACUGAAUGGAUUCAGGACCCGGACGAGGCCUGGACUGCCAUCACGAAAAAGCAGACAGAGCAAACCACGCUGAGGGUCCAGCCAACAGUGAGGGAUUUUCAAGUCAGCAUUACAGCCACCAGCACGUUUGCUGAAGGGAAACCCUUAGAACUGACGUGCCUGGUAGUGGGCAGUGGCCAGGACCCACAGCUUCAGGGCGUUUGGCUCUUCAAUGGUGUUGAAAUGGCCAGCAUUGAUGCCGGCGGAGUUCUGCAUCUGAAGACAGACUACAAAGACAGAGCGAGUCAAGGACAACUCCAGAUUGCAAAACUAAGCCCCAAGGCUUUCUCUCUCAAGAUCUUCGCUGCAGGGCCGGAGGACGAAGGUGCCUACAGGUGUGCCGUGGCGGAGAUGGCAAGAGCUCAGUGGGGCUCCUGGCAGGUGCUCCAGAGAAAGCAGUCACCAGACAGUCGCGUGCACCUCAGGAAGCCAGCAGCAAGAAGCGUGGUCUUGUCCACCCAGAGCGAGCAGCAAACGGUGUGGGAAGGAGAGGCGCUGACGCUGGUCUGCAAGGCAGACGGAGCCGAAAGCCUCCUGUCUGCGAGCUGGUGGCACUUCCCGCGGAACCAGACGCAGCCGGAGUUCGUGGCUGGCAUGGAUCAGGCUGGCACCGUGCAACGGGGUGCCUCCUAUGGCGAACCCAGCAACCACGGCCGCACGAGGCUGGAGAAAAUGGACUGGGCCACCUUCCAGCUGGAGAUCUCCUCCACCAGCGUCAGCGACAGCGGCACCUACGAGUGCAGAGUGUCUGAGAGGACCCGGGCCCAAGGCGGAGGUCUGAGCUGGGCUCAGAAGAUGUCCGUCACUGUGAAAUCCCUAGCGUCAAGUUUACAAGUUAAUCUGAUGAGCCGUCAACCACAAGUGAAACUAACCAGCACCUUGAACCUGUCCUGCAUAGUGGGAGUUGGCUACCCUGACCUCCAGGUGCCACUCAGCGUGACGUGGCAGUUCCGGCCAGCUGGGGCUCAGGCCUUCCACCAGCUGGUCCGAGUCACGCAACCAGGCACUGUCGAGUGGAGAGACUUCCCCUCUCAGUUCCAAAAAAAGAUGAAGGUUUCGCAGUCUCCACUUCAUUCUCAACUCCUGAUCUACGACGCCACCAAGGAAGAGGAGGGGGUGUAUCAGUGCAAAGUGGAUGUUUACGACAGAAAUUCCCUGCGCUCCAACGGCCCCGCCCGGGGUUCUGCUCUGUCUCACCCACUCAGCAUAGUCAUCACUUUACCAGAGAGCAAGCUAAAAGUGAACUCAAGCAGUCAAGUCCAAGAGCUCUCCAUCAACUCCAACACCGCCAUAGAAUGCAGGAUCUUGUCCCAGACCCCUGGAAACCUUCCGUUAGCCGUCACUUGGUACUUCUCUCCCCUCUCCCCUAAUGCGUCCUGGCUGACGAUCCUGGAAAUGGACCAAGCCAAUGUCGUAAAAUACGGGGAUGAAAUUCACAGCCCACAGAGGAAACAAAAAUUCCACACCGAGAAAGUUUCCCAUGACGUGUUUCGGCUGCACAUUCUGAACGUGGAAGACGGCGAUCAGGGCGCAUACCGCUGCGCUGUGCAGGAGUGGCUCCUGUCCGCGAACGGCGUGGGGUACAGGCUUGGAGAAGGGACGUCGGGUCUGACAGAACUGAAACUCAGGCCCACAGGAAGUAAGGUCCGGGUCUCUAAAGUGCACCGGACAGAAAAUGCGACCGAGCAUGCAGAGGUGGCCAUCCACUGCAGCCUGGAGAGCUCAGGCGACUCAACCUCCCUGUUCUCCGUGAUGUGGUACCGGACCAGAGAACAUUCUGGAAGCAAACUGCUGGUGCACCUGCAGCACGACGGCUUGCUGGAGUACGGCGAUGAGGGGCUCAGGAGCCACCUGCAGUGCUACCGUUCAUCCCCGACAGACUUUGUCCUGAAGUUUCACCAGGUGGAGAUGGAGGAUGCGGGAACGUACUGGUGCAGGGUGGCGGAGUGGCAGCUCCUCGGCACCCCCAGCAAGUGGGUCACCCAAGCAUCAGAUGAGUCGCAGCCUGUGGUGCUCACAGUGCUGCCUUCAGAGCCCACGUUUCCUUCUAGGAUCUGCUCUUCAACAUCUUUUAUCUAUUUUUUACUUGUCUGCCCCUUCAUUCUUCUCAUUCUUCUGCUCGCUUCCGCCCUCUGCUUAUACUGGAAGACCAGGAAGCUGUCAGCACUGAGACUAGCGUCCCAGAAACAAAAGGCCCUCUGGGUGAACAUGAACGGGGCUGGAGACAGUCCCGCCAGCAGGUGGGGAGAGGAAGAGGAAGACCAUUGACUCCCGAGAGGCGCCUGCAGUCCCGUGGGAACAGCGUGGACUUCGCAGUUGGACGGAUCACACCAGUGUGCGCAUGAAUUGUGGCUCUGCCUUUCUCUUGUCUGUGGCCUUGGGUACGUCCCCCAGGAAUCUGAGGAGAUGUUCAUUGAGUGUGUAUGUGGUGCCAGGCACUGUUAAGUGUUUCUUUGUGUGUGACCUCAUCUACUCCUUGCAUGCCCCUCCCCCCAGGAACUGGAUGGCAUCAUGACUCUGAUUUCACUCACCUCAUGGAGGUUCAGGUUCCCCAUCUGGGAGGAGAGAAGUCCCGCCCUCUCACAGCCUCUGGGGCUCAGUGAGAUCCUGUGGCCAAGCCCAGUGCGGGGUGGGGGGCUCUCUCAGCUCUCCUGGGCUCUCAGUCACUGAUUGCCUGCAAAACACCCUGAGCUGCCCUCACCUUGGCUCUCGGUAAUUCUCUACCUCCAGGGAAGAGGUGUAGGGAGGGGCCUGACGUAGCAAGGUGGGAGGAACUGGGAAUAUGCCCCUCUUUCCCAUUACAUCUGCCUCCCACUGCAAUGCAGCUCCCUUCGAGGCAGAAAUCCCACUUUCCCUUCGUCCCAUCGGCAAGAGCCACGCAAAAGCUCUGCAUAGUAGGUGCUUAGUCAAUGUUGUUUUUUUAUUAAAUAAUAAAGCAUUUUGUGGCCUGAGUUUUUCCCCCCUGUAAGACUAAGUCAUCGCUAAGGAAAACUUUUUUUUAAACCUAGCAACAGUGCUCCGGUCAGCCCCCCAAGACUCAUAUCUUCCCUUGCUCCCCGCACCACAAGGCCUGCCUGGCUCCCGGCUCUUAGCCAAUGCCCUGUCUUCUCAGAGCGGACAGCACUCUGGGGCUGUGGUGGUUAUGUGGGGGAUGGGCGGUCCACAGUGCCACGUCCCCUCCCAUGGCAGCGGGCUAGGGGUUCAGGGGGCCCAUGGGUCAGGUCUGGCUCCUCCAGAUCCCCUAUUCUCAGCCAGGUAAAAGCAAGAGGAUGGUGGUGAAGUUGGGGUUCAUGGCUUAAGGCUUUCAACGCUGUCCCCCCCAGGAGUAGACAAGUGUCCCCACUGGACCUGAGGUCCCUUCCCUUUGUUUCAAAAGCUACUCAGGCCCCGUUGUAGCCGGAAUGGAAAACCAAUCAGUGUCACCUCACAGACUUGAGAAAACACAUCUGUUUAUCGUCUGUGUGACCAACAGCACUGCUUUCACACUCGGUAAUUUGCAUUUCCAAGGAGAGCGAUUUAUUUUUAAUUAUUGUAUCAGGCACAGACGUCCUCUCCAAACAUAAUUAGUUUUUUUGCAAGGGAAUUAUCAGUGGCUGCGAGAACUCCCACAGUAGACCCACCGGCUCCAAGCACUCAUCUCCCUUCAUGGCCUCGUUUGAAAUCCUCCAAAUGUUUCCUUCCACACUUCGACACGUUUGUUUUUCUCAGGUAAGGAAGCAUAGUUUUCAGAGAACAAAGCUCAAGGUAAAGACCUUUGAGAAAAUAUGAUUGAUGUCUCCCCCUCCAGUUUUCCCAGAAACCUGUAUUUUCUUUGGGAUCCUGAAGGGGAGGAGCAGACCUGAGCCCAGCAGAGGCCAGAGUGGAUUCCGGUGCCUCCCCUCCCCCCACCGCCCCUCCCCUCGCCCGGUCGCAGCCUUUCCACGCUGAGCUCACACACACCACUUUCUCUCUCUCGAAGGCAGCACAGACGUUGUCAGAGCAGACCCUAGAAUGUCUAGCUGCUCCCCCCUCAGCGGGCUCUGGGAAUGGUCGUCUCCCGAUGAGCCUGCUGUGUCUGGCGUGGGAGGGUGCGAGGGACCCAGUGGUAAUGCAAGCGCAUGGAGCCGGAGCCUCAUUAUCUCACUGGGCUGGUCGCUUGCCUGGUCUGGACCCUCUGCUUCCAUUAAUGGGAUCUGGCACAGGUUCGAAUUUCAAGGAAGCCAAUUUGCACUUUUGGCUCAUUGUGAGUGUUCAGGUAACUAAAACCCCAGUCUGACUUUUUUCCCUUUUGAAUGUGUAGAAUAAAAUUUGUUUUCAUAAUAGACAUUUUACAUGAAACCUAUAUGUACUUGUUCAUUUUAGUUCUUAAAACUUAAUGGAGAACGUCACUUUUCCUCAUUGAUUUCAACCUUUCCAUUCUGUGUCACCUCCAGCUUUUCCCUUACUUUCUUGUGUUGUAAAUUCUCCUUGGCAACAGGACAAACCUCUGUGUUAGGAGUUGGCUGCCUCGGGCCCGUGGGCAAAAUACAGCCCAGCACCUGUAUUUUAAAAUAUAAUUUGUUGGAAUCCAGCCCUUUCCAUUUACCUAGGUAUUUGCUGCAGCCAGUGUUCUGACAAAAUGGCAGAGCUGAGCAGUUGCCAUGGAGACAGCAUGACCCUCAAAGCCUGAAAUAUUUGCUAUCUGGCUCUUGAUGGAAAAUGUUUGCCAACCCUGCUCUCUUAAAGUAGCUAAUGUUCUGUGUGUCUUCUCUGUGUAUUAUGUUCCUGGGAAACUUGAUUCGACUUAUUGUAUCUCUCGUGGCUAUGUAUCUGAAUUAAUUUAAUAAACAGUCUCGGACUCUCUGUAUUGGUGUGCAGUCCAGCAGUUCUGAAGGCUGGGUUCUCUCUACCACACUCCUACGGGAGAUGGAGACUCCACGUCACCCUGCUGAGUGCUCACUCUGUAAGACGAGAUGACCCCGGGAUGACUAAGGCAUGAGCAGGCUUACUUUCAUUAUCUUUAGUCUGCCCAGACGUUUAUGGGAACUACUGAUCUGUGGCAGCAGAUACGCGCAAUGGCAGAAAGUCACGAUGAUGUCUCACAAUCCUACGGGAAGGGUUCGUCAUCUCGGAGUUUCAUGGCCUCCCGUGCAAAAGGGAUUGUUAUUCCCAUCCCGCAGGCAAGAGACUGAAGUUCAGAGAGGCUGGGGUUUAUCUAGGAUCGCCCAGCUUGUGCAGAAGAUGGAGAGUUCAAACUGGGGUCAGCUGACAAAUCUGGGCCUCUCGCCACGGCAAGCGCUCGGCUCAAGUCCAGUGGGACGGGGGAAGUCUGGUGAUAAUCAUGUCCACCUCACGUGGUUUUUAUGAGGAUCCGAUUAGAUACUUACAUGGAGAUAAGUUUUAAAGCACUUCAGAUCAUAAAUGAAUUGUUGGCAUAACCCACGUUUUUCCAGGCCUUACUAGUCUGUGCACAUAAAUAAAAUUACGUCAACAAUAAUGAUCCAAGUUCUGUAGACUUUUGUCCCCAGGCUGCUUACACAGAGUCCUGGCCCCAUAGAAAGUGUUCUUCAAGGAUUUCGGGGGGUCCCCUCGGAUUCUGGGAAUUCAGACGAGCGUAGCAACAAGCCCACUUGCACGUCAUCUGCUGUGGCUCUGCUCAGCUCAGCACCAACUGCAGCUGGGCUGCUGGUGCCCAGUGGUAAGCAGGGAACAGCGCCUACCUCUCAUUGUGUCUGCAUUGCCCACUGUUUGAAUUGUAGAUGAAUGCAAGUUUGCUUGUGCCCCAGGUCACUAAAGAUUCCCUUGUGGAAACAGCCUAUUCUCUCCUUCUCUUGGUGGGGUCCAGACACCAGCCAGCCUAGGACCAGUCUGGGAGACAGACUGCAUGCUGGGCUCUUGGUUCCCCAUUCUCGGAUCCCAGGAACCUCUGUAUUAACCCCUUCAGCAUAGGCCCCCCAUCCCUCCAGCAGGUGGGACAUGCAAACGAGGAGGCUCCGCACAUAUCGGACAGGUCCAGAGCAGGUUGAAGUCCCUGGAGGUUCAGCUGGGACUUCUGUUACGCUGGUUAUUUAUUUUUACCCCUAAUGCAAUAAAGUGCCGUGGUCACUGAGAAACCCGAGACAACUCCGCAAAGGAGAUGUCAUUUGAAAUGGGUUUUAAAAGUCAGAAAUAAUUGAUAGGAGAAGUUGGAAUAAACAGUAGUCUGGGGCAAAGGUAGCCGCAUGAAACACUAGUGCAUAGAAUAGCUUUGGUUUGCGUUAAAUGUCAAGUUUAUGGAGGAAAGUAAUAGGAGAUAAAUGUGGAAAGGUUGUGGAAAAUUCUGAGGGUGGGGAGGGGUAGGAGAAUGAAUCUUAAACAUGUGUAAGAACUUGGACUUUAUUUGGUGGACCAUAGUGAGCCACUGAGUGUGAUUUAGGAGGGAAGGAGCAGCCAUGCUUUAGCAUGAGAACAGCAGCAGCAGCGUAGAUGACGGAUGGGGGGUUGGGGUGAGGGCUGUGGUAGUGCCGAGGCAAAGCAGGGCAGACAACCCUACCAACACACCAACAGCAUGACCGUCUGUGUGCAUGUCACAACAUGUGUUCUGCAAGAAGCUAGGAACAGAGUAUGCACUGUAUGAGUCCAUUCGUUUGAAGUCCAAGAACCAG